CAUUCCAACACCCCUUCCACUGGUGUGAGGGCCCAGCUCCAGUUCUCCAGUGCUGGAGCCAGCAAGAGAUCCAUAGCCAUCUCCUCCAUACACAUCUCCUCCCACUCCACCACCACCCCUGGCAUUAGGACCACUAAUGAUGGACCCCUGGGUGUUCGUACUAGUGGUACUAGUGGUACUAGUGGUGGUACCAGUGGUAAGAGACCAAUGACUACCACACCAUGUCCACUG